AUGUUUUGGGGAGCUUAAGUUCAGUUUAAUCAAAAGUUUGUUCCAGAAAAGGAAGACUAUGCUUAUCUUCAUUUAAGAAAUGUUAGCACUUUAUGGGCAAAUGAAAAAAUUAGCUUGGUUUGCAAUAUUAAGAAGCAAGAAAACGGAGUCGAAGAAGAAAUUGAUAUUGUUUUAUGCCAUUUAGAUGAAAAUAAAAAUAGAAGUGCUCAGUUAAAUCUUUACUUUGAUUUAAAAAAUUAAGAUAUCAGCUUCAGUGUUAUCGGAAAAGGAAGAGUCUGCUUGAUGGGCUCUCUUGAGGCUAAAGAGGGUAAGGCUCUCACAAACGAACUUGUAAAGAAUUUAGGACCACAAAUUGCUGAUGCUAAAAAGAAAAUGAUUCUUGAGUUAGCAGGUCUUGUAAAAGAUAUGAAAUAAAAAGGUGGAAAUCAAGAAGAUGACGAUGAGGAUUUAGAUGAUGAAGAAGAAUAUGUAGAGGGUAUGGAUCUUGAAAGUGAUGAUGAAGAUGGUGAAGAAGAUAACGAAGAUGAAGAGGAAGUAGAAAGUGAAAUUAGUGAUUAAGAAAAUUAAAUAGUAGAAUAAAAAAAAUCCUAAUAAAGUCAAAAUCAAUAAAAGAAUAAUAACAAUAAAAAUAAUAAGUAAGCAAAUAAUUAGAACAUUGGCAAGAAGCCUAUUUAAAACAAACCUGCUUAAAACUAAAAUUAACAACAAAAGCAAAAUAAAUAGGAAAACAAAAAUCAAUAAUAAAAAAACAAUGGUUAGAAUAAAUAGUAAAAUGGUAAGAAAGGUGAAUUCCAAAUCACUUAUAACUACAAACCUAAAAAGGAAGAAGAAAUAGAAAAAGACGAAUUUGCUGCAAUUUGA